AUGACGGCGCUGAAAUUGAUUGCCCUGUCACAAAAUCAUAAUCAGUUUAAUUGGCGCAUUGAAACUCGAGCACUCACGAUAAUGGUGGUUCAACCGGGUCUUUUGGGGAUCCUUGUGAUCCUUUUGGUCUGCAGUGGAUAUAAUCCCAGUAAUGCCAUUCGAUCGGCGCAACUUAGUGAGGAGCAGCUGGCGUGGAUCUCCAAGUCGGGAGCAGUGAACUUCCAGAAUCGCGUGAUCGAUGGCGAGGAUGCGGUAUUGGGCGAGGCCAAGUACCAGAUAUCGUUGCAGGGAAUGUACGGCGGUCACCUCUGCGGCGGAUGUAUCAUCGACGAACGCCAUGUCCUGACGGCGGCCCACUGUGUCUAUGGUUAUAACCCAACUUACCUAAGAGUGGCCACGGGAACUGUGCGUUGGGCCCAGCCGGAUGCCCUGUAUUUUGUGGAGGAGCACUGGAUACACUGCAACUACAAUAGUCCUUCGUACUACAAUGAUAUAGCUGUGAUCCGGCUGAACGAUACGAUCAAGUUCAAUGAGUACACUCAACCCGCGCAGCUGCCCACUGCUCCGCUGGCCAAUGGUUCCCAGUUGCUCUUGACGGGCUGGGGAGAUACGGAAUUGUGGGGCGAUACACCCGAUGUGCUGCAGAAGGCCUAUCUCACGCAUGUGGACUACCCAACCUGCCAGGCGAUAAUGAACAACGAUCCGAUGAACGGACCCUGCCACGUCUGCACUUUGACAACCGGAGGACAGGGAGCUUGCCACGGCGACUCCGGCGGUCCACUAACCUUCGAAGGAAUCGUCUAUGGCCUGGUCAACUGGGGCUAUCCCUGCGCCAUCGGCUAUCCGGACAGCCACGCCAACGUGUACUAUUACCUGGAUUGGAUCAGGAAAAUUAUUUCGGGACCAUGCGGCACCUGCUACUGCUACGCCAGUAACUACCCCAGCCUGUGAGUUUAAAAAGGAAUUCUCCAUGGCUUUCUUUGAGUGAGUUACGUGGUCAUCUGUUCUUUCCAAAAAAGGCUAACCAUCCUAGGUGUUAAACAAUUUCUCAAUAACUGGCUUAAUUGAUAAUGUACAUGUUAUUGGCGAAAUAAAAGUCGAGCGCAGAGCGUGCCAUUUAAGAUUAA